AUGUCACUUACAAAUAAGUUACUUAAUGAUUUAUUACACGAGGAAAAAACAAAAGAAAGUUUUGUAGUUUGGAUUGAAAAAUUAACAAUGAAUGAUGAAGGUGAGAAUAUUUGUAUUGUUGGUUAUAAAGAAGAAAGAUAUGAAGCUAAAAUUGAAAUGGAAGUUCAGUUGCACGGGUUUAUUUCUUUUUUUCGAUAUGACUGCCAAGAAAAUAAGAUAUCACAAUUUAACACAUCCGACUUACAGACAUACGUCCAACAAUUUAAUGAAAAUAAUAAAACUAUAAAAUGUUUUAUUUUAUCUAUUGGUUCAACAAAUAAAAUAAAUCCUAAGGAUCCAAUAGAGAUUGAGAUUUUAGAGAAAUCACCAUCACCUUGUUCAAAGAUUCUUUUGUUUAAUCACUCAAUCAAACCUAUAACAGAAAAAUGGUUUAAAGUUACAAAUUUAAAAAGAAUUGAACUAUUAAAAUAUCAAGACACUCAAAACACUCAAUUUAUUGAAAUUGAAAACCCAUUUCUUCUACUUAAACCUGAAUUGAAAUAUGACUCAUUUGAGAGUUUUCAUGAAGAAAUUGAAAAGAUUAAACAAGGUGAUUCUUCUUUACUUAAAGAAAACAAAGAAAUUAUUAGACAAAUUGUAUUUCGUAUUCUAAAGAUUCCACUAAUAGAAGAAAGAACAGGGACGUACGUUGGAUGUACUAAAUGUCAUAGAAAGGUAAUUGGAACAAAGUGCUCAUGUUCAGAAGCACCAACUGCACGAUAUUUUAAAAUAACUAUGACUAUAUGUAAUAUUAAUAAUGAAAAUGAUUAUGUGAACAUUGUUUGUUUUGAUACGACUAUGAAAUCGUUACUUGAUAUAACGGCUGAAGAAUUUUUACAAGAGUCUGUAACAAAUAAUCAAAAACUACAGUCUUUUGUUACACACUGUUUUAAAGCAAAAUUUAAAAUCACAAAAAGUCGAGAUAAUAGGUUUGUCAAUGUAAACCCUGAUGGUCCAUUUAUACCAUGGACCUAUUAG